AUGGCUUUCUCUUGGUAUUGUGUUCUGCUCCUCUGUCUGGGUGCUCGGGCUGCAAAUGCAGUAUUCCUUGCAGAGAUGAAACUGGAUUGCAGGCCUGACUACAUGGCACUGGUUUGGUCAGACAGCAGAUCACAGGCGGACACUUCAUUGUUUCGACUUGGUAGUUGCGCACCUACUAGCUCUACAUCAAGGGAGGUUGUCUUCAGUGUUGGCCUUACUGACUGUAACUUCAGGAAACUGGUAACUGGAAAUGAGUUAACCUACUCCAAUGAGCUCAUCUACACUCCUUCCCUUGACUCGUAUGUCCUUCCCUUCACUCUGCCAGUUGUCUGUUCAUAUGAGAGGCCAAAUGACUGGCACCCUGUGAUUGUUGAUCCAGUGUUUGACACAUAUGGUGUGGAAAACCUUGUGUUCCAUAUGGAACUCAUGAAUGCUGAUUUCUCAGGCCCCGCAGAGUCUACCAGUUUCCGUCUGGGCUCCAUGAUCCCCAUCAUGGCUAGUGUAGAGCAGCGGAGCCAUCAGCCCUUGUUGUUGCUCCUCGAGGAAUGUGUUGCUGCCACCACAGAAGACUUGGAGCCUGGAACAGACUUCCAUUCAAUCAUUGCAAAUAAGGGAUGUCUUGUGGAUAGCAAGAGUACACGCUCAAGAUUUGAACCAAGGCAAAAAUUGUCUGAACUCCAGCUAUCCCUGCAAGCAUUCAAGUUUGCUUUGGGACAAGAGGUAUAUAUUCACUGCAGCCUUGUGGCCUGGGAUCCAAAUGGUCUUGACGACUCAAAGAAGGCCUGCCAAUACGUAAAGGGUCAUGGCUGGGAAUUGCUGGACGACGACUCGUACAACCAUCUAUGUAACUGCUGUGAAUACACCUGCAAGUCCAGAAAGGCAAGAAGUCUGGAACCAGGCACCAAUGGUUUGAUGAAGAAAGCUGUCCUUGGGCCACUGACUAUCACAGUCUGA